CCACUCCGGAAAAGUCAGAGGGGGCAAGUGACCAGAAGCAAGUGUCGUUAUCCAUUGUGUUUCGGGCAUCACGUUAGGAGGUGUGGAGGUGUCCCUGUCAUAUUGGCAGUGGCUUUGACAGCACUGUGCAUUGAAGACGAACAAUAGCCUUUUGUAUUUACUGCGACUAGAGAGCUAGCACUUGUUAUUAGUAGACGGUCAUUUAUCUAGUCGUUACAAAGAGAGCAACCAGGAUGCAAGUGGAUUAUUUGUGAAGUGCGAGCCCUAUCAACGUGCCAUGUCUCUGGUUUUCCCACGGCCCAACACCAACGCAGUCCACGGCAAGAAGGAUAAGAGACUAAUGGCGGAGGUGAACGCAUCGCCACUGAAACAUUUUGUCACAGCGAAGAAGAAGAUUAAUGGGAUCUUUGAACAACUAGGGGCCUACAUUAAGGAGAGUGCAUCAUUUCUCGAAGAUGCUCACAAAAAUGAAGAACUGGAUCCCGUCACUACGGAAGAACAAGUGCAGGAGGUUCGAAGUUACCUUAACAAGGUAGCCGGGAUUGGAGAAGUGCUUGCACGAAGGCAUAUGAAGGUGGUGUUCUUCGGGAGGACCAGUAAUGGGAAAAGCUCAGUUAUCAAUGCCAUGCUGUGUGACAAGGUGCUGCCUUCCGGUAUUGGACACACCACAAACUGUUUCCUUCGGGUGGAGGGAACAGAUGGGAAUGAAGCUUUUAUUCUUACUGAAGGCUCUGAGGAGAGAAAGAGCAUUAAGACAGUGAAUCAGUUGGCCCAUGCCCUCCACCAGGAUGAGGACCUGGAGGCCGGCAGCUUGGUCUGUGUCAUGUGGCCUAAAGCCAAGUGUGCAUUGCUCAGGGAUGAUCUGGUCUUGUUGGACAGCCCGGGUAUUGACGUGACCACAGAACUGGACAGCUGGAUCGACAAGUUCUGCUUGGAUGCGGAUGUGUUUGUACUUGUUGCAAACUCUGAGUCGACACUGAUGCAGACGGAGAAGUCUUUUUUUCAUAAAGUCAAUGAACGACUUUCCAGUCCAAACAUCUUCAUCCUGAAUAACCGUUGGGAUGCCUCAGCCUCAGAACCUGAAUACAUGGAUGAAGUGCGAAGACAACACAUGGAUCGCUGUACCAAUUUCCUGGUACAUGAGCUCGGUGUUGUGGACCAACUUCAAGCCAGUGACCGCAUCUUCUUUGUGUCUGCCAAGGAGGUUCUCCAGGCACGUGUGCAGAAAGCUCAGGGAAUGCCUGAAACGGGUGGAGCGCUUGCUGAAGGAUUUCAAGCUAGAAUGUUUGAGUUCCAGAAUUUCGAGAGGCGAUUUGAGGAGUGCAUCUCUCAAUCAGCAGUGAAGACAAAGUUUGAGCAGCACACAGUGCGAGCCAAGCAGAUCUCUGAAGCUUUGCGGCACAUCAUGGAUGCAGUACACAUUGCUGCACAAGAGCAGAGAGUCUACUGUCUUGAGACCAAAGAGGACCGUCAGGAUCGACUGGAGUUCAUAGACAAGCAGUUAGACCUGCUCACGAUGGACUGUAAGGCCAGGAUCAAGAAAAUCACAGAAGAGGUGGAAAGACAGGUGUCUAACUGCAUGGCAGAAGAAAUUAGGAAGCUCCACAUUCUGGUGGAUGAUUUUCACAUGGACUUCCACCCAUCGCAAGUGGUCCUCAAGGCCUACAAGAAAGAGCUGCACCGACACAUAGAGGAGUGUCUGGGCAAGAACAUGUCAGAGAGGUGCUCCACUACAAUCACCACUGCUCUUCAGACCACACAGGCAGACAUGAUAGAGGGUCUGAAGCCUCUUCUGCCCAACCCAGCCAGAGAGCAAGUGGACAAACUGGUUCCUCGCCAGUGUUUCAGUCUUAGUUAUGACCUGGCCUGUGACAAGCUUUGCAGUGACUUCCAGGAGGAUAUCAGCUUUCACUUCUCUUUGGGCUGGACGAUGCUGGUCAACCGCUUUCUGGGGGCCAAGAACACUCGACGGGCGCUCAUGGGCUACAGUGACCAGAUCCCUCGAACUUUGGCGCUUACUCCAGUUAGCGCCAGCAUGCCUCCAUUUCCGCAAAACUCCAUGACCCAGGAGGAGUUGAUGGUCUCCAUGGUGACCGGACUUGCCUCCCUUACCUCCCGUACUUCCAUGGGCGUCCUUGUAGUCGGCGGUGUGAUCUGGAAGGCCGUGGGCUGGCGUCUGAUUGCGCUGUCUGUGGGUCUCUACGGGCUUCUCUUUAUCUACGAACGCCUCACCUGGACAACAAAGGCCAAAGAGCGUGCGUUUAAGAGACAGUUUGUUGACUACGCCAGUGAGAAGUUGCAGCUCAUCGUUAGCUACACUGGAUCCAACUGCAGUCACCAAGUCCAGCAAGAGUUGGCUGGGGUGUUUGCUCAACUCUGCCAACAAGUAGAUGUGACCCGGCAGAAUCUUGAAGAUGAGAUCACUGACAUGAAUGGCAAGAUUGAGCUUUUGGAUGCCAUGCAGAGCAAAGCUAAGCUUUUGCGGAACAAGGCAGGCUGGCUGGACAGCGAGCUCAACAUGUUCACCCAGCAGUACCUUCACCAAAGCAAGUAAAAGUGACGCAGGAGCCACCUGAAAAAAGUUGAUAGAACUGAAUCUGUGGGGCUAUCUAGCAAAUGUUUUGCCCCUUUCCCCGUCUAUAUUACAAUGGGUGCUCGUCGGAUAAUUUAUUGAGGUAUAUAAUGCAUCAAGUACACUAAAAUGACAGUGCGAUAUGAGUUCUAGCGUAGUUGGAAAAUAUGUGCUCUUCUUUCCCUCUUAAGCUACUUCAGCUGUCUAAAUGUAACAUGUAAGAAAACCUAAGUAAUUGUGACUUGCUGGGAAGUCAGUUAUGUAAAUGAUGAGCCGGAGAGGAGGGAAGGAAACAUUUUGAUUUCUGUGGCGAAAGAAACACACUGAGAAGGGGAGCUCAGUCAUUGUACACUGACCGUAUGAAUCACAAGAAGGAAAAAUGCCAAGAAAGUAUUAAUGACACGAAAAGACCAUAUUUUCUCAUCGUUGCCCCUGUAGAAUAUUUCUAAAUGCACAUGCCCUCUGCGAUGGUUUUUUGAGUUUCAUUGAAGAAGUGCAAGUGCAAAUCAAUACAGUGCUUAACAAUUUUUAGACUAUGAGGGGUGUUUGUCUCGGAGACCACCCGCAAGAUUGGCCGUAUUGAUUAGAAGUUUCAGUGAACUUUUUGCCAUGUACUACAGGAAUGAGCAAUUUCAAUCUCAAUUCGCCUUUUCUGUCAAAACAUGGUCUUCAAUGAAAAGUCUGAAAUGAAACAAGCAUAACUUCCAACCACUAAAACAUUUUGUACAUGAAUGUGACUGCUGUAAGGAUGCUGUUUUUUUUUUAAGCAGUAAAUGAGUUAAUACAUAGAUCAUCACUUGUAAUUAUAUUUUAGCAUUACAAAUGAGAUUUAAGGAGCUACUACAUACCUGUGUAUAAACCAUGACAAAAAUGAAGAUAUUUGGGUAUGACCGUUACCAGGCGGCAUGGAGACAGACUAGUUCACACAUCUCCCUCAUAGUUCUGAGGACCAGGAUUCAAACCUCGGCCUUGCAUGUUCUCGCCGCGCCUGUGUGGGAUUUUUCUGGCUACACUGGAUUCCUCUCAUAUCCCAUAAAUAUGCGUGGCAGAUUGAUUGAAGAAUACAUUGCCUGUAAGUGUUCUUUCGAGUGCAAAUGGUUGUUUGUUCCUGUCACCCCCUCCGAAUGGCUGGCGACCAGUUGAAGGUGACCUCAUCACCUGCCUGAAAAUCACUGGGACAGCCUCCAGCAUGUCCGCCACCCUGGUGAAGAGAAACAGAACGAUGAUGGAUGGUAAUUACCGAUGUUGUUACUUCGUGGCAGCCGUGGAAUAAACCUUACUUACAUUGUGUGCUAAUUUAAUCAAUUUGUUAAGCACUGUAUUUUGUGUGAAAUGUUGGCCUUCUCUUUCGCAAUUCCAAUGUAAUGUUAAAGUAGCACAGAGGAUCAAGUAGUGCUUUAGUGACGCCACCUUUUCACUCGUCAUCUGUAUUUAUGCAAAGUUGGACAACGGACAGAUGGGAUGUCUUCCCCUCAGGAUUCGACCUCAAGGUGGGAUUCCAACAGUUUUGGUUUUGUGUGUAUAGAUAUUUAAAAUUAUGAGCAAGUUGUAUUCUUCUUGUAUGUAAAAUAUUGGGAGUGUGAAAUGAUAAGGCACAUAUCUUAAGGAUUUUGUCCACAAAUAAAGAAAUGCCACUCUGAGA